AUGGUGUACAGUUCGUUGGCUGAGGCUCCCCGCAACCUCAAGGAGGCUAUUGACUGGUUGAUGGCCGUUAAGGGAACGGAUGCUGAAGUCAACUUGAAGGCUGUGGGUGCCGCAGUUUACAACUUCCUCGCAGACAAAUCUUUUGGAAAGGUGGAGAUACCAGAUCUUGAGAAAGUUAGACUCAUUUCUAAGAAGUUCAUGGAGAAGCCAGAUAUCAAGGACCAUUGGUUCGUACAGAAGCUGCUGGAGAAGUUAAAUGAACCCACGCAUAAAACACAAAAAACAGCCAAUGCCCUGAGAUGUAUUUCAAAAACCAUGCUAAAGAACUUAGCUAGAGGUGCAUACGCCCUUGAGGCGUUUUUGAAUGAUAUAAAACACCCUGACCUGUAUAUUUCAGCCUACAGUCCAGAAGCGACGUGGGGUAAAUCAUGUGCGAAGAACCCGGAAGAUUGCAUAGUGGUCUUCGUUGGUAUGGUGCCUAUGUUAUGGUCGGGUAUACAUUAUAUGUUGUCAACGUGUAAGGACGCAAACAUGAGACGGCCGCCGUCACUUGAGGAUAAGCAUAUGCGAGAGGUGUUGAGAGCCGUGGGUUACAGUUACCCACAAUGGCGCCCUGACAUACGUGGUUCAGAUUUUGUCAAGGCGUUGGGAUGUGCGUCUAAAAACGUAAAGGUGGCACCCUACGGCCUUAGCGGAUAUUGGGUUUGA